CCCUGCAGUUGGUAAUGGAAUCUGGGACUUGCCACGAAACAAACAGUAUUUAUCGCUCUGCGCUUCUGUAACUGCUCGCUGUCAGACCAAUAGCCGCUCAUCCUAGCAGAUGAGAGCUGGCGGAAUGAAAGUCGAAUACGGUAUUUUAUUCUAUCAUGCUGUGCAACUUCCACUAACUGCAGGCCAGAGACUGUACACAACUAUAGUACUGGGCAUUUCCACCAUGUCCCCUUUCUCAACUGGAAGAGGCGCUUUCAUUGAGCGUGGAAUCAACCAUACGAUUUUUCUACGCGGGUCCCUCGAAUCAUCAUGGAACGGGGCUUGUUUGGAGACAAUGAGCCCAGCGCGGCGGACAGGUCCGCUUUGCCAGCUGCAGGUACGAGUACUCAAAAAGGUACGCUUGGAGGAGUUCCUCCAUAGCUUGUAUUGCCCAACGCGGGUCCCACGGAAUCAUCUUUGAACUGACUUGUUCGGUGAUGCCAAUUCGUGACCUCGCUCUCGGGGCGUGAACAUAAAUAAAAUGAUAAGACCUUUGAAAUGCGGGCAACAACUGUUUCGAUAGUCGCUCUGACCAGCGCAUUCGCUGCACUGACCAGCGCGUUGACGACCGCUCGACCGCCCACUAGUAGUGGUCAGACAUGCUGUCGCGCCCUGAAAGCAGUCCUGCCGGACGAUACUUUCAUUCCGAACAGCACAGUAUACACCGCCGAGUAUCAGAACUUCUGGUCGUCCACUGAGGACCUCAAUCCUGCUUGUGUCUUCCUGCCAAACACGACGAAGAAGGUUGCUCGAGCGGUCCAGCUCUUCACCCGCCUCAACUGCCAAUGGGCCAUCAGAGGUGGUGGACAUAGCCCCAUUCCGGGUGCUGCUAAUAUCGAUGGCGGAGUCCUCAUCGGAACAAAUCAUCUCAACGCAAUUGACAUCAACCAUAAACAGGGUUAUGUCCGCGUUGGCGCCGGCAACCGCCUUGGUGCAGUGUAUAAUGCACUUGAUCCACACAACUUGGUGCCCAUUGUGGGGAGGUAUGAGGAUGUUGGUCUUGGUCUUGCUGUUGGGGCUGGCUUUUCCUACUUGACCAAUCGUGAGGGGUUGACCAUUGACAACGUCCUCAACUAUGAGGUUGUUCUUGCAAAUGGGAAGGUUGUCAACGCCAACAAAAAUAGCCACUCCGACCUGUUUUGGGCUCUGAAGGGUGGUAAUAACAACUUUGGGAUCGUCACUCACUUUCAUCUCAAGACAUUUCCAUACAAUGGUACUGUCUAUGGAGGAAAUAUCAUUCAUCCAGAGUCCGCCUUCGACCAGGUCGCGGAUCUAUUCUAUGACUAUCAUACGCACCAGGCGGUCGACGAUGUUUUGACCCAUGCAAUGCCCUCGUACAACUAUAUCGGCGCGACUGAUGUGGCCCGUGCAGAAAGUCUCGUGGUAUACAAUGCUCCCGUCGACGAGCUGCCUCCAAUCCUUCAACCCUGGCUCGAGGUACCUUACCAGAAUGAUACACUGUCUCGGAGAACGUAUGGAAGCCUUGCUCGUGAGCAGGGGGAUGGCAUCUUCAAUGGGCUCGCCGUGGACCAGCGUCUCUUUAGCGUCUAUGCCGACCGAGAGUUCCUCAAGGUGGCGUGGGAGAUAUAUCUUCAAUGGCUUCGGGAUCGUCGGGACGUCCCAGGUCUGGUCGGGGUUCAUGUUCCUAUGCCCAUCACCCCAAACCAAAUCGCGCAGGGAGUUGCCAAAGGCGGAAACGCCCUUGGCCUGGAGUCAACUGACAAUGGUAAAAGUAUAGUAGUCAUCUUGAUGCUACUCAACUUCAACAACCUCGAGGAUCUUCCACGCUUAAGGGCCGAGCACAAUGCAUUGAUGGAAUCGUUGGUCGAUCUGGCGAAACAGCGAGGCGUUUACCAUCCUUAUAUAAUGCUUACCUACUCGGGAGCCGGCCAGGAGGCCAUCGCCUCGUACGGCUCAAAGAACGUUGCGAGACUGUGGAAGACUGCAAAAGCUUACGACCCCACCGGUGUAUUUCAGCGCCUGGUGCCAGGAGGGCAGAAACUCCCGCGGGCCUAGAACCAAGCAGUAGCCGGUGGAGGGGAAAACCGAGUGGCGCUGGACAAAAACGGUCCGAUCGUGGGAGACUGUAGAAAGUGGAAUGUUUUAUUCCCCAUCUAAAAAAACAACAGUCGAGAGUAGAUCUUUUGUCAGCCUGUCGAGGCAACUUAUCUCCCCAUAAUCGCAAUUCUGAUCAGUAUGGGGCACACGGCGCAAAUAUCGAUUAUCUUCCACCUAGAUGCUUGAAUAUGGUGGAGCGUUCAUUGGUGCAAAUCAAGGAGAUGUCCAGGGUAACUCUACUUCCUCCCUUGCUCGGCCUGGGCCGAAGAACAAACAAGGGUCUAUUUUUGGCCUCUUCCCCCUCCCCUAGUUUCUCUUACUGUCGGUUUAUCAACUUCGCAUACAUGUUCAACUGUGCCGUCCCUUUCCACUGGUCGAAUUCUUCAUACAUUCGCCAUAACUGGGGAUACCCACGAAUUUAUCAAACCCUCGCCAAAAACGCCCGCUCUCGAAUCACUCAUCUACACCAUAGGUAUAAGUAUAUGCACAUCACCCAUUUUAUGUACUACACGGCCCGCAGCGAGGAAACCCCGUCAUCACUCCUGGUUCACGAUCUUGACGUCAAUGGGCGUGUUCCACGAGAGCAGAAACUCCAUGACGCGAGAGAUCUGCUCCGGCUGCAUCUGCUGCAGGAUCAUCGUCCGCCUGCUCUUGAUCGUUUCCCGAUCCGGCGGCGUCAGGGACAGUUCCAUGUCAGGGAUUUGGUCUUGGAUCUGGUUCCAGUUCCACUCGAGACUUGCUUGCAACUCGUCGAGGGUAAGCCUUGGAUCUGUGGUGGUGGUAGCGGUAGGAGGCAGAGG